AUGCAAAAUAUAAUUUAUAUUAUGAUGUUGCUAUGGAAACAAAAAAUAAAAGAUAUAUUUUUCAAGGUAGAUUCUUUUAAAAGAAGAGAAAGGUGCGAAAAAAAAGCGGGAAAAUUGGAUAAUUUUAGACAUAUUUUUGUUCUAGGUUUUAAUUGUGGAAUAGGUAUAAAUCUUAAUGAGAAUAUGGAUUCUUCUUUAGAAAAGGAGUCGAAUAUGAGUUUUAUGAAAAAUAUAGAUAAAACACCUCCAUUACCAUUCAUUUAUCCUCCUCCUCUUCCAAAAGAAAAUUUGGGGUUGCCAAAAGAGUCUCAAAUAUCUUUACGAGAGGAUGAAGCGAAGGAAAGUUUUUAUAAAAAAAUGUUUUCUAUGAAAACACAAACGUUAGGAAUGUUUGAAGGACUUGGUAAAUUACAUGAGUUUGAUGAUACAGCGAACCAUAAUAAAAAUACGUUGAAAGAUGUUUGCAAUGAUUCUAUAUCUUCUGAACUUAAAAGAAAUGAGCCCUUGUCUAUAGAGGAACUUGUAAAAAAAGAAAAAGAGCUGGCUGCUAUGAACAAGCCUAGAUUUUUAACACGAGAGCAACGGGAGGAAAUUGCUCUUGAAAAACGUCGCAUGGAAGUUAAGAAGAAAGGUCAAUAUAUUGAUAAAAUGAAUAUGAAUGUUUCAAAGAAUUUUUUCCCAAAAGAUGGAAGGAAUGUUUUUUUCGGUAAUAAUGAAAUGAAUGGAUAUACGAAUGGUACAAAAACGAUACUUACUGGAUCUAAAACUAUGAGAGAAGAAAUGACGGAAAGGCAAGCAUCUGGGUCAUCUAAGUUAUCUUUAAAGAAAGAUGAUAAAAAGUCAGAAUUACCAAUUGAGGAAAAAGAGAUUGAAGAUAUUCGUAAAAGAUAUUUAGGAACAACUGAUAAUAAGAAAAAAAGGCGGAAAACGACUGAAAGAAAAUUUGUAUUUGAUUGGGAUAAUACGGAAGAUACAUCUACGGACGUUAAUCCGAUUUAUUCGAAUCGUCAUAGUGCACAGUUUUUAGGUAGAGGAAGAUUAGGAGGCUUUGAUGAUAAAAAUAAUAAAGAUUAUACAAAUUCUUAUAUUAAUGUAUUGUCACGUUCUUCUAAUGAGGAAGAUAGAGAUAGAGCUAAACAAUUGAUGGAAUUGGAAUAUAAAAAAAGUUCUAGAAUUAGUUGGGAUGAUAUGCAUUGGUCAGAAAAACCGUUAGAACUUAUGAAAGAAAGGGAUUGGCGUAUAUUUAGAGAAGAUUUUAGUAUUUCUUCAAGAGGCGGAUCUAUUCCGAAUCCUAUACGUAAUUGGAAGGAAUCAGGAUUACCUAAAGUUAUUCUUGAUAUGAUUAAAAUAGUAGGAUAUAAAGAACCUUCACCUAUCCAAAGAGCAGCUAUUCCUAUCGGUUUACAAAAUCGUGAUAUUAUUGGUAUUGCAGAAACAGGAUCAGGAAAAACGGCAUCAUUUGUACUUCCUAUGCUUGUAUAUAUUUCUACGCUUCCUCCACUUAAUGAAUAUAACAAGAAUGAUGGUCCUUACGCAAUUAUUUUAGCUCCUACAAGAGAAUUGGCUCAACAAAUCGAGACUGAAACAAAGAAGUUUUCCUUAUCAAUGGGCUUUGUAUGUGUAUCAAUUGUCGGUGGGCAUAAAAUUGAAGAGCAGGCCUUUAAUUUGAGAGAUGGUGUUCAUAUUGUUAUUGCUACUCCUGGACGGUUAUUAGAUUGUCUUGAAAGACGUGUUUUAGUAUUGAGUCAAUGUGCAUAUAUUGUUCUUGAUGAAGCAGAUCGUAUGAUUGAUAUGGGUUUUGAAGAAGCCGUGAAUAAGCUUUUGGAUGCAUUGCCUGUGCGUAAUCAAAAACCUGAUACUGAUGAUGCUGAGAACCCUGUGUUAAUGUCUAAAAUGAUAGGAGGUAAAGAGCGAUUUAGACAGACAGUUAUGUUUAGUGCAACAAUGCCUCCAGCUGUAGAGAAACUUGCUAAAAAAUAUUUGCGUCGACCAGCAAUUGUAACCAUUGGAAAUGCUGGGCAAGCGGUAGACACAGUUGUACAAAUUGUUGAAAUGAUGAAUACAGAAGAUAAGAAAAGACGAAGACUAGAAGAACUCCUUAGUAGCAACGAUUAUAGUCCCCCUGUAAUUAUUUUUAUUAAUCAGCGUCGUAGUUGUGAUGCUUUGGCAAAAUCUCUUGCUCGUAUUGGGUGGAAUGCUGUUACAUUGCAUGGGGGAAAAAGUCAAGAACAACGUGAAUCUGCCCUUUCACAGCUUCGUUCUGGUGAAGCAGAUUGUUUAGUAGCAACAGAUCUUGCAGGAAGAGGUAUUGAUGUUGCUGAUGUAUCUCUUGUGGUAAAUUUUAAUAUGGCUAAAAAUAUUGAAGAUUAUACUCAUAGAAUUGGACGUACUGGAAGGGCAGGAAAAUCCGGUACUGCGAUUACUUUUUUAACACCAGAAGACACAGAAAUAAUGUAUGAUCUUAAACAAGCAAUUAGUAAAAGUAGUAUUUCAAAGGUUCCCGACUGGUUAAAAAUGCAUGAGGCUGCGCAAAGAAAGCCGGAUAAGCAGCCUGUUAAAAAGCCAGCCGAUGAAUUAUUAUUUCAAAUACCUCAUGGAAGAUGGUAUUAA